AUGCAAGCCGGACAUAUCAUGAGAUACAACCCGGAGACUGGAGAGACAACCCUCUUCCGAUCUCCCAGUGGAAUGUCCAAUGGGAUGGAAUUUGACGCGCAAGGUCGGUUGGUUGUUGCGGAAGGUGCUGACUUCGGAGGACGCAGGAUUACUCGUACGGAUAUGGAAACCGGUAAAAGUGAGAUUAUCGCAGGUUUAUAUAACGGAAAACCCUUUAAUUCACCGAACGAUUUGUCAAUCGAUGAGCAGGGACGCAUCUAUUUUACAGAUCCACGGUACGCCGGACAUGAACCUGUUGAACAACCCAUCUUUGGUGUCUACCGGAUCGAUCCAGAUGGCUCUAUUCAUCUCGUCGUUACGGACGCUGGCAAACCGAAUGGAGUUGCCGUUUCACCUGAUCAACAAACCCUUUACGUUAUCAGUCAUGACAACGGUGCCAUGGGUAGCUUCCCUGAUGAGGUGCCAUUGACUAACGGACGUAUGGCACUGCUCGCUUAUGAUCUCUCACCGGAAGGCACCGCGACUUUCCGAAAAAUCCUCAUUGACUAUGCCCCACAAGACGGACCAGACGGUAUGGUAGUUGAUGCUGAAGGAAAUCUCUUUGUGGCGGUGCGAGAUGAGGCCCGACCCGGAGUCCGCGUCUAUACACCUGAAGGGGAGGAACUGGCGUACGUCAAGACACCCGAUAAACCCACCAACGUCGCCUUCGGACGUGGCAAAACGAGCAAGACGCUCUAUAUAACCGCAGAAAAUUGCCUCUACAGCAUCCAAACGAUGAAAGAGGGGUAUCACCUGCCACAGAAGUAG